GGCAAAAUGGUAUUGGGGAAGUAAAACACCAGAAGCAGUGGGGAUGGGAACAACAUUCUAUGCUACUGCCCAUGAUAAGUGGGUUCGUCUGAAAUUCUUCAAAAAUAAUUUAGAAAUAAUCCAAAUCUAGUCCCAACUUUUUAUCUGUCUAUCUCCAAAGCAGUCCAGUCAGGCUAGUAUGCAUUUUAAUAUAAAAAAGAUUAUACUUGGAUCCCUGACAUAAGCAACCAUCAAGCAUUUAUCACCCAUAAAGUGUAAGACCAUUGGCAUAAGUCGUAGCAUUUCAAAUAAUAUUCCUAUAAUCUUACCCAGUUUAUUGUUCCAGAAGAGACAGACUCGGGAUAUGCAUCCAUUGACAUCGAGGAGAACCGAGGAGUCUUUAGGCCCUUGUUUCGGAGGUUGGAGAGACGAUUCUUGCCACUGUAAUCUGGUUUCCGGUGAGUUGAAUAAGACGAAACCAGGAGUUGACCAAGGCCGGUUACAGAAACGCCGUGAUGGCAUCGAUGGAGACUUUGAGACGACGAUCGUUACCGAAUGUUGAGGAAGUAGUUGAACAUUCAAACUAUUACCCAAUCACCUUCCGCCACGUAAUAUUGACUAUCACCGUCCGCCAUAUCCAAUUAAAAUCUUCAAUUUAUUUGAAAUUCCAAAACGCUGCGUUUUAAGUCAUCGCAAAAAAUCACAGCAAAGAAGCAAAUAAUAUCAUGCCACGUGGGAGAAAUAAAAUCUCUCUUUUAAAAUCCUAAUCCGCUGAAAAUGAAAAACGUUAUCUUAUUCUUCUUCCGCAAGCAAAGCUUUUCGAAACAAAAAUGGCCGUUGCCGAGGCUGCCAAAGAGACCCCAAAACCUAAAUCCCAAAAUUCAGUUCCCAAAUCUUUAUUACUCUCUUCAGCAUUUAUUCAAACGCCAUUCGCUCCUCCAUUUUCGAGGCCGCCAAAGUCCAAUCUCCUUCCCUUAGUUCCUCAAACUAUAACUCGUGACCUUCACGGUUCAAUCGUUUCAACCGCCGAAAAGCUCUUGAAUUUCCUUAAACGAAAUCAAGUUUUCAAAAACAUUCUCUCCUUAUCCUCCGAACUCCAAGGCUUCUGCAAUGAGGUAAUUACUUGCAGAAACAAUUACAGGAAGGUUAAUAGUUAUUCUCCGUUGUCAAAUCACAAUUUUGCGGCGGUUUUACCUGGUGAUUCGGUGGCGGGGAUUGUCGUAGCCAAUGGAAUCCUAAAUUUCUUGAACAUUUACAACACCCUGUUAAUUGUAAGGCUGGUUUUGACUUGGUUCCCUAACUCUCCUCCUGCCAUUGUUAGUCCCCUCAGUACUUUAUGUGAUCCGUACCUGAACAUAUUCCGUGGGAUAAUUCCACCGCUAGGGGGAUCAUUGGAUCUAUCUCCAAUACUUGCAUUUCUGGUUCUAAACGCAUUUACUAGCACCGCCGCCGCACUCCCGGCGGAGCUUCCUGUGGCUGGACAACCUCCGAGAAGAGCUUCAUCUCUUUCAUUGUUGACUGAAUUAACCUCAUCGCAGAAGAUGUGGGUGAGACGACUCCAUGGGAGCCGGUCCAAGAGCUCCAAUGGCACCAAUUAAACUAUUUUUUUAUUUAUUUAUUUAUUAUUAUAGUAGUAGUCUUUUUGAGUUAAAUGGAGGAUCUUUUAACCUUCUGACUCUUUAUUCGAAAUUCUUUUGAUAUAAAAGUAUCCGAUUAAACCGCUAAAAUACUUCUUUAUUAGGAAUAACUCGAAUCUAAUAUCUCUAGCAAAAGUUUUACUUGAACCCUUUUCCAUGGCCGUUAGAUUGGAAUACUCAAAUCUAUGUAUCUUUAGAACUUUUGGAAGGAUUCCCAAGGGAUAUGGGCAAUGGGUUUAAAGAGAUUGCACCUGACUUGAACCCUGUUCCAUGGCCGUUAGAUUGGAAUGUUUUUGUUUUUGUAAAUGGAGUCCAUAGCUGCAUGCAGGUCAAGCAGGUCUUUUUUUGAGAAAUGGGUGGCAAUUGUCUUGACCAUUCUAGCUGUGGUUUCACCUCUUUACAUCAACCAGAAGCCGGUUAGUAGACCGGAGCUUGAAGAGCAAUUCAUGGAUUUGGCUUCAUGGUUGGUCUUCUAUUUGUGCUAUUAAUCUUGGCCUUUGCUUUCUUGUUUUACUUGAACCGGUACUUUACCAGGUUUGAUCGACAUUGGAUUAGGUUUAGCAGGUCUUCUUUAUAUGAGACACCGGUGACAAUAGAAUUGAUCGUCUUAGGCGUUGUUUCACCUCAUUACAUCAACAGGGAAACUGUGAGUGAGCUAGAACCUGAUGAGCAACCCAUCAACUUUGCUUAUUGGUUGCCUCUGCUGCUAUUGAUAUUAAUCUUGGUCAUUGCUUUGUCGCUUUAUGGUGACAGAAGCUUUACAAGGUUUGAUGAUCGUAACUGGCUUCAUAGAGCUGGUGGUUCUUUUGCUGGAGUCUUACUGAUUCAUCUGGUUCUGACGUUUGUUUUUACGUGUUAAGGCUUCUGGUUGUAACUGAUAACUGAGAAGCUUGAUUGAGCUUUAUUCACUAACAUAAGUGAAACUUCUGCUUCUGCCAUGUCCUAGAGAUGAAGAUCCUCUAUUUCCUAGGUCAGAAAUUUCAUUAUACCCUGCCAUGUCCUAGAGGUGAACAUUAGGUCAAAGACUAAUCUUUAGCUAACUACUUUAAAAGGAAAUUGUUGAUCCCUAUAGAGCCCCUGAAAAAGACGUCAACCCUGAAGAAUUGGAAUCACUCCUCUGAAUCCAUAUGUGCUUUGCUCUAUAAUGUUCUCGAAAUCGAUGUUCUCUCAAUUCAAAUGUUUGAUAAAAUAUCGACCAGAAAAUAAAUUUUUUACAAUGAUCCACAUCUGCUAUCGACAAUCUGCUGGCCUGCUGGAUGUUCAUCAAACUUCUUGUGGUUACAGAAAACUACCCGGAAUUAAUUAUAG